CUGAAUUCGUGCUCUCGCUGACGCUGGGGUUUUGAACGCAGAAAAUAACCUGAAGUUCCUGAUUAUUAAGGCACCAUUGCCUGCCACCAGAGAAUCCACACUGGAGAAAAACCCCUUUGUUUGAGACAGUUGUGGAAGUAAAUUCUUGGUAAGAGAAGACAUUUUGUGACCCAGUAUUUGGAGCAACCUACUGAGAGAAAGUUAAACUGGAAAUACACACCUGGAAGUCAAUGAAAGAAUUUGUCUUUGACAUUUAUAAUAAAUGUUUCCCACUUGAAUGCAGAAUGACAGAGCACCAAAGAGUCAACACAGAAGAGACACCGUUUAUUUGUGACGUUUGUGGAAAAGCUUGUAAAUAUAAAUCAAAAUUAGCAGUCCAUCAACGUGUUCACACUUUAGAGAAACCAUUUGCCUGUGACAUUUGUGGGACAACCUUUUCACGUAAAACCGGCCUUACCAGCCACCUGAGAGUUCACACUGGAGAGAAACCAUUUGUUUGUGAAAUUUGUGGGAAAGCAUUUUCUCAUCAAUUCACACUAACUAGCCAUCAGAGAGUCCACACUGGAGAGAAACCAUUUGCCUGUGUCAUUUGUGGGACAACCUUUUCACGUAAAACCAGCCUUACCAGCCACCUGAGAGUCCACACUGGAGAUAAACCAUUUGCUUGUGACAUUUGUGGAAAAGCUUUCUCACAUAAGCAUCGCCUGACUUCCCAUCAAUUAGUCCACACUGGAGAGAAACCAUUCAUUUGUGACAUUUGUGGCAAAGCAUUUUCUCAUCAACGCACACUUACUAGCCAUCAGAGAGUCAACACUGAAGAUAAAUCAUUUGUUUGUGACAUUUGUGGGAAAGUAUUUUCUCAAAAGAGCAACUUCAUUAGUCACCAGAGAAUUCAUACAGGAGAGAAACCAUUCAUUUGUGACAUUUGUGGCAAAGCAUUUUCUCAUCAACGCACACUUACUAGUCAUCAGAGAGUCCACACUAGAGAGAAAUCAUUUGUUUGUGACAUUUGUGGAAAAGUGUUUUCUCAUAAAAGCAGUCUAAAUAGUCACCAGAGAAUUCACACUGGAGAGAAGCCAUUUGUUUGUGACAUUUGUGGGAAAGUAUUUUCUCAAAAGGCCUACUUCAAUAGUCACCAUAGAAUUCACACUGGAGAGAAGCCUUUUGUUUGUGACAUUUGUGGAAAAGCCUUUUCACAUAAAAGCAGUUUGACUUACCAUAAUAGAGUCCACACUGGAGAGAAACCAUUUUUUUGUGACAUUUGUGGGAAAGUAUUUUCUCGCCAAUGCACACUUACUAGCCAUAAGCGUGUUCACACUGGAGAGAAAUCAUUUGUUUGUGACAUUUGUGGAAAAGCGUUUUCUCAUAAAAGCAGUCUGACUGACCAUAACAGAGUCCACACUGGAGAGAAACAAUGUGUUUGUGACAUUUGUGGGAAAGAAUUUUCUCAAAAGAUAAAUUUGAUUUGUCACCAGAGAAUUCACACUGGAGAGAAGCCAUUUGUUUGUGACAUUUGUGGAAAAGCCUUUUCACGUAAACAUCAUAUGACCACCCAUAAGCGUGUCCACACUGGAGAUAAAUCAUUUUUUUGUGACAGUUGUGGGAUAGCAUUUUCUAAUAAAAGCCGUCUUACUAGUCACCAGAGAGGUCACACUGGAGAGAAAUCAUUUGUUUGUGACAUUUGUGGAAGAGCCUUUUCACAUAAACAUCAUAUGACAGCCCAUAAGCGUGUUCACACUGGAGAGAAAUCAUUUUUGUGUGAAAUUUGUGGAAAAGCGUUUUCUAGUAAAGGCAAUCUAACUAGUCACCAGAGAAUUCACACUGGAGAGAAACCAUUUGUUUGUGACGUUUGUGGGAAAGCGUUUUCUCAAAAGACCUACUUCAAUAGUCACCAGAGAAUUCACACUGGGGAGAAGCCAUUUGUUUGUGAUAUGUCAGCAUCAAAUGACAGACCAUAAGCGUGUCUACACUGGAGAGGAAUAUUAAUUUGUGACAUUUGUGGACAACUUGUUCUCAUCAAUGUGCACUAACUCGCCACGAGUGAGUCCACAUUGGAGAUAAAUUGUUUGUUUGUGACAUUUCUGGAAAAGCCUGUAAUUGUAAAUCAAAAUUUAGCAGUUCACAGUCUACCCGCUCGACUUAAAGUCACCUGGAAAUAGAAUUUUUUUCUUUCAAACAUAAGAGUAUAUGCUU